AUGGCCCACGUAUCAGAUAUUAAACUGAUAAGAACAGAUACUACACUUGAUCUUAGCCAAAAGGCCGAGAAAGGUAUGCUUGAGACAGUACCUUUCGCCUUCUUUUAUAGGCUUCCUCUCUUCCUUCGCUCAUACCUCUUCCGAUGUGGGACUAAAACCCAGCUCACAAGCAGAUCUAAUUGUAAUCUCCACGUCCACCCUCUGCAGGCUUCCAUGAAUCCAAGUUGUGAUUCAGGGGGAAGCAAGAGAAGUGGCUUGACGCCGUCUAAACGGGCGGCCCCGGCCCGUCAUCUCCGUUCUGGUUCCCCGCGGUCCUAUUGUAACCUUGCGGACGAGCCAGAGAUACUUUCCGAGAUCAUUCCACGCCGCCGACAGGACACCUCGCGGUCUCAAAUCCUCGAGGGAUCGAGAGAAGGAACGUGGUCGUACCCUUCGCGCCCGGCGAUCGUUGGAUCGUCCACUGCACAGAACACAGGCGCUCCGAACUCCGUCAUUCAUCCGCCCGCACGGCUCUCAAAGCGAGCAGUGGACGGUCCAACGGUCGACGCGCGCGGAGGAAGGCGUAUCCCUCUUUCGCGCGAAGGAUACAACCACGAUCCUCGAGAGAAAGAGAGAGCGCGCGGGGAGCAGAGAUCGUCCAUAGCUCCGGCGGUGGUUCCAGCGUCGCCGGAGGGUGUUCGCCAUUUUAGCGUACACCUGGGAAUUUUUGAUUCAGAGUGUGGAGAAUAUGAAGGGGUUCGCAUGCUGGAGAUGAAAUAUGGGCUGCUGCUGAUCCCUAAAACUUUGGCCACCCUACAUGACAAGCAUAGUUUCAAUGAAGGCUUUCCUGCAGCGCGUGCACACCCAGUCUACUGAUGAGUGGUGACCUACGACAAGAUAAUAGCUGCUUGAGAAACUUUAAUUUUCAGAAAAUGGAACUUUGUACAAAGUUUUGAACUCAUGUUUUCUUCUAUUGUUUCCAAAUUUAAUAAAAAUCCAUUCGCAGUAAUUGAUUUUUAUAUACAUUUUGUCAUUAAACAA